AUGGAGAUCUGUCUCACACUCAUUUUACUCUCCUCUGUAGUAAUGAUCAUUAUUGCUGAAAUGAAUGUGAGGUUGGUGAAUGGUGGCAGUCGUUGUUCUGGUAGAGUUGAGGUUCUUCAUGAUGGUCAGUGGGGAACAGUGUGUCAUUCUAGUUGGGAUCUGACAGAUGCUGCAGUGGUGUGUAGAGAGGUGGGCUGUGGAGAGGCUUUACAGGCUCCAUAUUUUGCUUACUUUGGAGAAGGAUCAGGACCAAUCACAAAGGCUCUUGUGGAGUGUAGUGGAUCAGAGUCCUCACUGAGGAACUGUAGAUCAGACGACUCGUUUAUUCAGUUCUGUUCUCAUUCUGGUGAUGCUGGUGUGAUCUGCUCAGGUGAACUUGUGAAUGGACCUCAUCAGUGCUCUGGAAGAGUCGAGCUGCUUCGUGGGAACACCUGGAUGUCAGUGUGUGAUGCUGUGUUUGAUGAUCAGGAUGCAGAGGUUGUGUGUAGAGAGCUGAACUGUGGGGUUCCUGUACAGCUGCUGGGUGCAGAUACUUUUGGUAAAGGAGAGGAGCAGGUGUGGACACAAGAGAUUCAAUGUAAAGGAAAUGAAUUAAACAGUCGAUUAUGUUCGUAUGCGUCACAUAAAGUAACCUGCUCUCAUGACAAUGAUGUGGGACUGAGAUGUUCUGGUUACUUUGAUCACAGACUGAUGAACGGUCCUGAUAUCUGCUCUGGUCGAGUUGAAGUUCGACACCUUAAUGAGUCGAGAACAGUUUGUGAUGCAUGCUGGGAUAUGAGAGCUGCCAAUGUCCUCUGUAGAGAGCUGAAUUGUGGGAUUGCUGUGUCUGUUGAGGGAGUGGACUGGUUUGGAGAGGGAUCUGGUGAAAUCUGGGCUGAUGUGUUUGAUUGUCAGGGGAAUGAAACAAAACUCUCAGAAUGUUCAAUCUCUUCAUGGAGUCGAGCUGAAUCCUCUCAUAAACAAGAUGUUGGAGUCAUUUGUUCUAAUUCCUCUCUGUCUCUUCAUGAUGGUCGAGUGAGGUUGUCUGGAGAGAGAGAGUGUGAGGGUGAGGUGGAAGUUUACAUUCAUCAGGUUUGGAGGAGAGUUCUGCUGGACUCCUGGAGUCUCACUGAAUCCUCUGUGGUCUGCAGACAGCUGGGCUGUGGCUCUGUGCUGAACUUCACUAACUCCUCUUCAUCCAGUGAUGAACACAGUUAUGAGUGUGUGAUGGGCUUCCAGUGCUCUGGGACUGAAGAUCAUCUGAGGAACUGCAGCUCUCCACAAACUCUCAACUGCAGCGCAACACAACAGCUGGCAAUCACCUGCCACAGUCAGAAUUAUAAUAUCUGUCAGCGGUCCAUCAGGUUGGUGGGUUCUGGUGGAGAUUGUGCAGGAAGGCUGGAGGUUUUUCACAAAGGCUUGUGGGGUACAGUGUGUGAUGACUCCUGGGAUAUUAAAGAUGCUCAUGUGGUGUGCAGACAGCUGCAGUGUGGAGUGGCUCUCAGUAAUCAGCCAGUACCAGCCUGGUUUGGUCCUGGUUCUGGACCCAUAUGGCUGGAUGAUGUGAACUGUGAGGGGAAUGAGACGUCACUGUGGAGCUGCUCUUCACCGGUCUGGGGAGAUCAUGACUGUAAACAUAAGGAGGAUGUAGGAGUCGUGUGCUCAGAGUUUAAAGAGCUCAGGUUAACUGAAGGCUGUGAAGGGAAUGUGGAGGUUUUCUACAAUGGAUCCUGGGGUAAUGUUUGCUGGAAUCAGAUGGAAAGUGACACAGCGAGUCUGAUCUGUCAAGAGCUGAACUGUGGAAGAUCUGGCAGUUUGUCUUAUUCAACAUCAAGAGUGCCAUCAGCUCAUAACUGGUUGGAUAAUGUUGAAUGUCGACCACACGACUCAAAUCUGUGGCAGUGCCCGACUUCACUCUGGGGACAGAAUUACUGUAGUCAAAAUGAGGUGGCUCAUAUCAUCUGCUCUGAAAAGAUAAAUGAGUCACAUCGAAGUCGUCUGUCAUGUUCUACCUCAGCAUCUCCUCACCAGAAACAAUGUUCAAAUCAUCUUCCUCUCAGACUGAGUGGAGGGAAGGGGAGUCUCAUCUCUGAAGAACAGCAUUCUGGAUAUGAAGAUGCUGAUGAGCUUCUCUCAGCAAAAGACUACAAGAUUGAAUAUUAUGAUGAUGUCUCCAAUGGCAGUGACAUGAAAGAAGAGAUGGUGAAAAAUGUCCCAGCAGAAUACUAUGAUGAUGUCAUCACUGAUGGACUAAAAGCAGACAGUGAGACAGAAGACACACUUGAGAAGUAUGAUGAUGUCAUCACCACAGGACAAAACUCUGAUCUUCAAAAAGAGUGUUAUGAUGAUGUCAUCAUCAAUGGACAGAACUUUCAAGGUGUAAUAGAGGGAGUUCAGGAGGAGUAUGAUGAUGUGAAGAAUGACAGUGAAGAUGUGACAAACCUGUUAGAUUAUGAUGAUGUGGGGGAGGAGCCAAACAAAGUGGGAGGGACUGCGUGA